GGCUGAGCGCAUGUCCAAAAACAACGUUGGACAGGUGGCAAGUUUGGCACUGGCAAGCGCUGCCCACUCAAGUACAACGCGUCGUAUUGUCGAUGCUGUACACUCUGGGGAGCUUCUCGACAGCGAAUACGAGACAUUCGGCGUCUUUGGGCUCCAGAUUCCUACUGAAGUGGAUGGUGUUCCGCGUGAAGUGCUUAACCCGCUUCUUGCUUGGACGGACAAGCAGGCUUUCGAGCACGAGGUCCGCAAGCUCGCAGGCAUGUUCCAGAAGGCGUUUAAAUUAUACGAGGGUGAUGUACAAGAGAGCACUAUUUGCGCAGAAGCUGGUGGCAAAAAAAGAAUAUUGUUGACCGGCAGUGGUAAGGAGUUACCGGAUGAGCUGGUCAAGGAUGUCCGUAUGCGGGAGGGGACCUGCCAUGGACUUGGAGGGAUUGCCAGACUGGGCAGCAAGACGAGUCUAGGGAAAUAACACGGACUCUUGUGUGGGUGGCGAGAGUUAUCGAUCAGAAUGCUUCGAGGAGGUUAGUAACGUCGUCAAGGAACAGCGCGAAAAUAGCCGACCCGCAAC